AUGUCAGCAAAGGAUUUAUCAAAAAUGACGGUUGUUCAGCUCCGGGAACAACUGCGAUCACGUGGUCUCCCAACAGAUGGUACAAAAGCUGCAUUAAUCGACCGUCUCAAAGCAAGUUAUGCGGCUGAAGACACGAUAUUGAAUUCGGAUGCCACUGCAUCAAAAGAUAGCUUAGAGGAAACGGUGCUGGAAGGUGCAAUAAACGAAGACGAUAUUUUGGGACCAGAUACUAUAGUCAAAAAGAAGGAAGAUUUAGCAGCAGCAUUAUCGUCAGCAUCAGCAAUAACACCGUCGGUGCCUAUAAUUAGGAAAUCCAAAAGUAUUCAAAAAGUUGAAGCGAACAAGAAGACAGAAGCAAUGAUCAACUCAUUUGAUGCUAAGCUAAAACGAGCUCAGCGUUUUGGAUUACCGCUCUCUGAUGAACAAAUGAAACAGAAACGCGCUGAGCGAUUCGGCAUGCAGUUGGGUGUGGAUGCAAACAUUGGUGAAAUUCUUGCAGAGAAGAAAAAGAAGAGGGCGGCGAGGUUUGGUGUUGUCAGCGAGACUGAAAAAAUGCAGGAAAUUUUAAAUAAACGAGCCAGAAGGUUUGGAGGUGUUAAUAAAAGCAGUGCGGUAGUUGCUGGUAAAGUUGAGAAAGCCUCCUUAGAAGUAUUAGAAAAGCGCGGGAAACGCUUCGGUUUAUGCUCUGAAGAAGCAGAGUUGGAAAUAAAAAAACAAAGACGCGCUGAACGAUUUGGAUUGAAUAAGUAA